CUUUUAAACAUCUCACGUCUCACUAUCAUCACCAAAAACCCUCAUUUUGAAACCAUCUCUCUGCUGUCACACACACACCCAGAAAAGCACAGUUUUCCGGCGAAAAUGGCAACAACAACCGCCGUUCUGAUUCUAUGCAUCUCUGCGGUGGCGAUGUACGCAGGACUCGUCGAUUCAGCCCACCACACCGGGGCUCCAGCGCCAGCGGCGGACUGCUCAACAGUGAUACUGAACAUGGCAGAUUGCCUGUCUUACGUGACGGCCGGAAGCACGGUGAAGACGCCGGAAGGAACAUGUUGCUCAGGUCUUAAAUCGGUGUUGAAAACAGACGCACAGUGUUUGUGUGAAGCAUUCAAAAACAGUGCGCAAUUGGGCAUAUCAUUGAAUGUCACCAAAGCCCUAGCUUUACCCACUGCUUGCAAUAUCAAGGCCCCAUCUGUUACUAACUGUGGAAUGAGUCUCGGCACUGCUUCUGCUCCUGUUCAAGCACCGAUGGCAGUGGGUGAAGCUCCAACUGUGGCGGCGGGUGGUCUUGCUCCGGCACCGGCGUUGGGAAGCUCAAACUCAGCCGGGAUAAGGAUGUCAACCGGGUCGGUUUUUUUCAGUCGUGAGAUGGUUCUGGCAAUGGUGUUGGGUUGUGAUGACGAAUGUGUAUCUGCAGGUGAUAUAAAUAAACGAGAACAGGGGAAGAAGAUGGUGAUAAACAAUGUGACACACCUCUCACCGCUGCCUCUGUUUGUUCAUCACCACCCCACCCAUGCUUUUUCAUCAAUGCCCGACUACGUGUUCAUCACUAUCAUCUCCUUCAUCUCUCUAUUCUCUGAAAUGCGAGUUAAAAUUUUAGGUUUGAGUACCCCUUGCACCCAUUUGGGAACCGAGUAUGAUUUCUGGGCACUGAGAAUGAUUUCUGGGCAAGAAGGGGAGCUGGUAAUGGUGGUUUCCGGCGAGAGAUGGGAAAGAGAGAACAGUGGGGUGGGAUGGGUUGGACAAUUUUUUAAAUUCUAA